AUGCCAGCUACGUCUUAUACACCUGGAGAACUCCUCAUCCUGCGCAGCUUCCUCUCGGAGUGGAAGGCGGGUGACUCGAAUGACCGUAAAGAUGUCCGGUCGCGUGCUGUCGAGAAGUUGGAGGCCCACCGGGGAAGGGCUAUGAAGAAGGAAGGAAAAAAGGCUGUCCGGGCGUGGUUUUACAAUGCCGCACCUGUGAAGAAUAAGAAAAAGAAAGAUCGUCCCUCCGCAUUCGGCCGACGCCUGAACUGGCACCGUGUGGUGGCUUGGCACAUGCCCGGGGAACUGGACGAGAAGAUAGCUGCGACCGGGGUCGCUCACGGAGACAAGGACUUUCUCGCUACGUAUCAAAAGGAGCUGCGAAAUCUGGCCAACAGUCUCCCCCGGGCGAAACAGCGGGAAUACAAGCAGGAGGCUGUCCGGUGGAAUUCGGAAGGGCAACCUCAUGAAUUGCAGGACCGGAACAUCGUCCGGAAGAGCGAGGCGGUCAUGUUGGAUUUUUCUAAAUACGUUUGGAGGCACUUCGGGAUGCGCGUGUUCGUGCACGGCGUCUAUAAAUCCCUGGAAGGCAAACCCAGUGUGAUCGACUUUGAUUGCAAUGACCUUGUCGACCCCAACGCCGAGCGCGCGGCCGGUCGCGUCAAAUUCAAGGACAUGUACCCCGACUACAAACGUGCAGACGGGUUCCGAGAUCUGUUCAAGGACUACGGGCACAAACUGUUCGCGGGCGACGAUGUAUCCGAGGACAGUGAUGCGGAUGUCAGGGCGAAUAAGCGGGGUGUGCCGAAGAUUGACUGGGAGAUGUACGAUGACGACACCCCCGGUAUGCCGCACCACAGCGACGAGUGCUUCAAGAAUCUACGGAACAAGAAGGCGUUCAUUUCAGAAUUUGUCCGGCUCCAUUACGUGGCGUAUACAAAAAUGCCGAAGUUGAAAGUCCCCUGGGUCGCUCUCCAGGCGACUCCGGAGAAGCUUCUCGAGGCCGGGUCGCUUCCUGACGGUGUCACCCUCCAAGAACCGUCGCAUCUGAAACAGGCGGAGGUUGACUCUCUUAUCGCACACUGGCGGACAAGGGCUAAUUCCUCACGGCUUGCCUUUGUGAUGCGUUUCAUUGCCUACCGAAACCAUCAAAGCGAAAUCGUGUCUCUGGAGCAUGAGGAGCCGAGGACUGCUUCCCGCCGCGCUGCCCGGAGUGCCCGCCCGCGGCGUCAAUCGUCCCCCCAUCCGAAGGGUCGCCGCUCCCGUCCAAGUGGCUCGAAGCUUGCGAGCGUCACUCCGGAAAAAGACAGUGACGCAUCCGAUGGAGACGACGAGCGCGACAACAGGCACGAACCUGAACUGCAGUCAAAUGCAGAGGGCAGUGACGUAGACUCCGCUGUCCAACACGAUCUAGCGGACGAGAACUCGUCGUCUUCUUCAUCGUCCUCAUCUUCCAGUUCCUCCACCGGCAGCGAUCCCGCUACCCCGCCGCCUCCUCGUCACGACAAAGGUAACCCUUUCGCCCUGCCUUCGCCGGAACACCCACCGUCUUCCAUAAACGAUGUUCAACACAGCCGGGAGGUCAACACCGCGCUGGUAAAGCAAAGUCCGCAUUCGGACAUCCUCCCCGGUUCAGACGCGGGGCUGCCGUUUCGGUCCUCGUCGUCGACGCCCGAACCUCCGAUGCUCGUGGUGGAUCGUAAAGGCAAGGGACGAGCCGAGGUGCCUCCUGCCUCCGACCUUUUUAGUCCAAUGCCAUCUCAACGUCCGGCCGCACGUUCCAAUGCAAAGGCGCGAAAUCCUCUGUUGAGGUUGACUUCGGGGCUUGUAAUUGAGCGCAUGAGCAGUACAGCCGUGCAGGGUAACCCGGAGCGGUUGUCAGAAUCGCCAUGUCCACCCCCACGGGUCGUGCCCCGGCCCCGUCGGCGGGAUGGGAACACUGCCGGUCCAUCCCAGGCGUUGCAACCUACUAUGGUAUCCCUGGAGCGGGAGAGUGGUUCAGCGUUACGAUCGCGCCCAGGAAACGUAGGCCGCUCAGGGAAGGACUUGCCCCGGAAUUGGUCGUCCCGUACUGCACGGACGGCCUCGGUGGGGCCUUCAGGUACGGCUGGUGCUCCCGCAAUGUCUUUGGUGGCCCCGGUGGAUGUUGCCGGUCAAACUGCCAGGGAACCCACACCGCCAGCAUCAUCAACGGGCUCGGAUGGGGUCUCGGACGAAGAGGCUGUAGAAGACGGAGCACCUGCAAAAAUGAGGGAUGAUGUUUCUGAUCGCAUGCAGUUCCUCCGAGAACUGUCCAGAAACAAACACUAUUGUGUGUUGCUGGAUGGAAUUCCCGCUUUGUCACAAGCCGGGUCAUGGCGUACAUCAAAGACUUGGGAAUGGGGCAUGUGGUCUUACCGGAAGAGUCAUUGCCCGCCCGCUGCCCACAACAACGCUGCCGAAAUUCGAUCUUUCAAAUCAUGGCUGAGCAAGAUAACGACGAGCAUGAAGGGAACGACAAUCAGCAUGGUUGAAGCGCAAACCCUCGCUCUAACAAUCGGAAUGCUGCUGCAUGACUUAGAAAAGUCAUUGUCGAGCAACCGUGAUAAGUAUAACUUACCGGAUCACGUACUUAACACUCUGCAUGAUCACGCGUUCGUCAAGGAUCGCCUCCUGUAUGCUUGCAAGUCACUGGCGAAAGAGUGGGAGGAAGUUCCAAAGCGGUCGAAGCGGCUCAUGAAUCCUCCAGGUACCGGGUCGGAUGCAUCUGCCAUUGGCACGAGGAUCCGGAAGCGCGGCCGCAAGGGCGAGCCCGUGUCUCCGACGAAGGGGCAACGUGCCGCCAAGAAGCCCCGGCACUAG